CGCCAGGGCCGGGCCGGGAGGAGGCGGUGGGACCGUGUCGCUGGGCCCGGAGAGGGCCGAGCGGGGCUUGAGCUCUACCGGCACGGGGACUGCAGCUGAGUGGCGGACGCCGACGCCAUGCGCUGGGUCCGGGCGCUGCUGAAGAAUGCGUCCCUGGCAGGGGCGCCUAAGUACAUCGAGCACUUCAGCAAGUUCUCCCCGUCCCCCUUGUCCAUGAAGCAGUUUCUGGACUUCGGGUCCAGCAAUGCCUGCGAGAAGACCUCCUUCACCUUCCUCCGGCAAGAGCUGCCCGUGCGCCUGGCCAAUAUCAUGAAAGAGAUCAACCUGCUUCCCGACCGGGUGCUCAGCACGCCCUCAGUGCAGCUGGUGCAGAGCUGGUAUGUGCAGAGCCUGCUGGACAUCAUGGAGUUCCUGGACAAGGACCCCGAGGACCAACGCACCCUGAAUCAGUUCACGGACGCCAUGGUGACCAUCCGGAACCGCCACAACGAUGUGGUGCCCACCAUGGCCCAGGGCGUGCUGGAGUACAAGGACACCUACGGCGACGACCCUGUCUCCAACCAGAACAUCCAGUACUUCCUGGACCGCUUCUACCUCAGCCGCAUCUCCAUCCGCAUGCUCAUCAAUCAGCAUACCCUCAUCUUUGACGGCAGCACCAACCCGGCCCACCCCAAACACAUCGGCAGCAUUGACCCCAACUGCAAUGUGUCCGAGGUCGUGAAAGAUGCCUACGAUAUGGCCAAACUCCUGUGCGACAAGUACUACAUGGCCUCACCUGACCUGGAGAUCCAGGAAGUUAAUGCCACCAACGCCACCCAGCCUAUCCACAUGGUCUACGUCCCCUCCCACCUCUACCACAUGCUCUUCGAACUGUUCAAGAAUGCCAUGCGGGCCACCGUGGAGAGCCACGAGUCCAGCCUCGUUCUACCCCCCAUCAAGGUCAUGGUGGCCUUGGGCGAGGAAGAUCUGUCCAUCAAAAUGAGUGACCGAGGUGGGGGUGUCCCUUUGAGGAAGAUCGAGCGUCUCUUCAGCUACAUGUACUCCACAGCCCCCACCCCACAGCCCGGCACUGGGGGCACCCCACUGGCUGGCUUUGGUUAUGGGCUGCCCAUCUCCCGACUCUAUGCCAAGUACUUCCAGGGCGACCUGCAGCUCUUCUCCAUGGAGGGCUUCGGGACCGACGCUGUCAUCUAUCUCAAGGCCCUGUCCACCGACUCGGUUGAGCGCCUGCCGGUCUACAACAAGUCCGCCUGGCGCCACUACCAGACCAUCCAAGAGGCUGGUGACUGGUGUGUGCCCAGCACAGAGCCCAAGAACACUUCCACAUACCGGGUCAGCUAGAGGCCACCUGCACCCGCACGCAAGAGGAUGAACUGCUGUCUCUGGGUCUGGCCACCACGGGGGACCCUCGCCGCCCCUUCUUCCGGAGGUGGAGGUGGGGGUAUCCUCUUGAUGACCAGGUUCUGUCUCUGUGGAAGUCGCUGCGGUGACCGGUUGGUGGUAGUUCCUAAGUGCCAAUCUGUCUCCAUGGAGAUGCCUAGGUGGUCCCCUGGGGUCCAGUCUAUAUGAGUGAUGCCUGGGGCUGGGGUUCACAGCUCUACCCUGGUAAUAUGUCCCCAAUGCCCUGUCCCAUGGUGGUCACUCUCCUGCCAGGGGCCCUGGGUCCCCCUCACUGCCCACCACAGCCCUGGUCUUCCAAACAGCUGCCCUGCUUGCCUUACUGUCCACCAUCAGGACACACUGCCCCGGCCACUGUCAGCAUCAGGCAGGGUCCAGGUGGCCCCAGACCUGGGAGUGGAUGGGAAAGGGGGUGCACUCUUGGUCCCAGGUCACAGAUCUGGCCUUAAGAGUUUCUCCCUCUUCUCUGGGCAUUAAGAUCAAAGUUGGCAGGCGGGGUGGGCACAGCUCAUCCUAAAGGGGAGGAACCCAAGAAGCCUCAGUGGUCACCUGCCCAGCCAAGGAGCCUCAGAUGACCUUGGCCGUGGUGGAAGUGCCUCCCGUGCCCUUGCCCAGCAUGUUGCACAUGCACAGCCCUACCUACCUGCCACAGCACACCCACCCUGUCCUGCCUGUGCCCAGCCCCCUGCCCGGCAGCUCCUCCCUGGGAUGUUUUCUGUACAUAACUAGUUUUUUAACUCUGGAUACUGCCCCACCCCUCUCCCCCUAGCACACAGGAGGUUAAAGCUGUGUGCCCCUCCUAGUGGCUAUGACAGUGACAUCUACAGUAAAGAGGAGAUUGAAUGAGA